AUGCAAAUGAACAAAUCAGCAAUAUUAGCUACAUUGCGAGAUCAACUAGAGCUGAUUGACCAGAAUCAAACUAUACGAUUGAAUGGCUUGAAUGCCAAUACCAAUACCACUUUGAACUUUAAUGAUGUUGUUGAUUGCAUUUUUGAAUUUAUUCACUCGUUUGAUCCACCGUUGGUGGUUGAGAAGCUCUCGUUGGAAAACAACCAUUUCAGUGAAUUGCCGUCUAAUUUCUCGAAAAUUAGCCCGUCUUUGAAAUACUUGGAUUUACACCAUAAUUCUAUAUCAAACAUCCCCAAUGACUAUUUUCACAAAUAUUUUAAACAGUUGGAAGUGUUGGAUUUAUCUUCCAACAAAUUAUCAAUGUUGCCCGAAUCAGUUUCAGAAUUAAUAAAUUUAAAAGUAUUGUCAAUAAAGGAUAACAAGUUCAAGUAUCUUUCCCCUACUCUUGGCAACCUCCCGCAUUUGAAUUUGAUCGAAGUAGCAAACAAUCCGUUGAUAUUGCCAUCAAAUGACAUGAUUAGAGCAUUUCAGAAACAAAAGUCAGAUUUAGAUUGGGUUUCGGAAUUAAAGAGUUUCCUUCUUGCUAAUCGAGCCGUGCUUUAUCAGAAAAUCGACGAGGGAAUACUAAAAGAAUCAAGAAGACUGUAUGAGGAACAACUGCAGCAGCAGCAACAGCAGCAGCAACAACAACAGCAACAGCUUUUAGGUGAACAACAACCUUUACCACCUUAUGUCACCCCACCCAGCAUCAGAAGAUCACAAAGUGUAUCCGAAGGAACCAAAGCCAAAAGUUCAAAAGCAUCGAGACGAAUGGGUUUAAUUAUCAAAAAGUCAGACGAGUCAAACGGGUCGAAAAUCGUUAAUAAUACCCUUGAUGACAACUCUAACGUUCAUACCACCUUACAAUUCAAUCCAGCCGAUUUUCUCACUAGUGGAAUCCCCCAUUCUGCAUCAGCAAUUGAAACGCAUUUCCCCAGCAGUCCUCCUCAGCUCAAGGUUCAAACCUCGAUGGAAGCAUCACUGAUGGGAGCCACUUCUGCAGCCCAGUCAUUGAAUUCAGCAUUAAAUUCCCCUUCUCAUACCACCCCUAAAUCUGCAUUAACCCCUCCAAGUUCUGUCCGACCAUCAAGAUCAAGAUCUAAUACCCUUAAGGAAAUAGAUAGGAUAUUAGAAAAUAGUGCCAGUGUGGAUACUGAACACAAGUCAAGUGCUUAUUUCAGAAGAUUGUCUACAUUGCAAGAACAACCACUUGAUGAGUUUGAAACCCUGACUACUGCUGCAUCUACAGCUACAAAAGAAGUUAGCCAACCAAAGAUUAUUCCAAUUCCAGAAAAGCCAAGCACUGAAAGUAUCAAGCCAUCAAUUUCUUUGAGUCAUGUCCCAAAGAAUGGUUUACCAGUUGCCAGUAGCGAAGGAAGUUCUCCCGUUCGUACACCAUCGCAAAAGAAACAAUACAGUUCCACGGUUAUUAAAGUUUCUCGGAAGGUUUUAUUUUCAUUUAGCGAGUUGCAUUCUUCAAUUAGAAGAUUCACAGGAUUUUGUUCCGAUAAGAAGAUAACCAUGAAAAUGGUAUCUUUCUUGUACAGCACCAAAGCCAAUAUUGAUUCGCUUGUAGAAAACCUUGAAAUCAUGGAAGAAAUGGGCAAUAAUUUGGACCAAAUCGUGACUUCAUUACAAACUUGUAUUUCUUCAUUUAAAUCAAUGAUGAAUUUAUUGCAUGAGAGCUUCUCCACUUUUGUCAACAAAAUUGAUGUUUGUUUUAUUAGAAUGCUUUAUCUUUCCAUCUAUGGGUCAUUUAACGAAUUGCAUAAUGCGUACAUGUUACUAGUUCCCAAGCAGCAGCAGCAGCAGCAACAACAACAAUUGCCACCACAAACUCAAGCUAAGCUUCCAAGUGUCAGUCAAUUGGUUACCACUACUGAGGCAACCAAGCCCAAGAUUGUUAGCACCCCUUCAGCUAUGUCAGUUGAAAAUUCCGAAGAAAUGGAUGAAAAGCUUUAUAUUACUAUUGAAACCGCCACGGCAACUGCGCAAACUAGUUUAGUUGAAUUAAAUCAAGCCCUUUUAAAGAAUGUCCCUGGGGAUAUUCAACCUAACGUUGCAUCUAGGGUUAAAGAAUUAACCAAUCUUUGUACGUCAUCAUCAGAAAUCACGAAACGACUCAGCACCCGAUUGAUUACGAUUAGAAACAAUCCAUCACAAACCACCAAGAAGUUGUUUGCCGAAGAUAUUAAUCAGUUUAUUAAAACCAUGGUGCAAACCUUGGCUGCUGUCAAGGCGAUUGUUAAGGAUUUACCUAUUUUGGAUGAUAUCCGUGCAUCCAUGUCUAAUUUAACCAAGACUGCCAAGGAAGUUACCUAUAUGUUGGAAGUGUCUGCUUAUAAGUCGUUACUCCCUGAAUCAAGUGGAGGAGGAGGAGGAGCGGCAGCAGCGGCAGCAGCAGCAUCGAGCGGUGCCACUGGUACUACUAAUCCACCACCAACUAUUCAACAAGUACAAUCACUUGUGAAUAGUGUUCCUAAUGUGUUUACUCCAGGAUCAGGGCAUCCACCCACGCUUGCUUCGACCAUAUCGAGUAAUUCAAUAUUUAGUGGAGGCUCAGGGCCUACUCCCGUGCGUACACCUAUGGGACCAAUGAGUAAUCAAUCAGAUGGGUCUAAUUCGGUGAUUAGCCCCAUUGGAUCCAUGGCCACUACUCCUUCACCACUUGCCACUGUUCAGCCAACCAAGACGGGUAAUCCGUUUGAUAAUAUGUUUAUGAGGGCUGAUACGAGUAAUAAUGAAUAG